UUCUCAGACAUGAAUAAACCAAGAAACUUAAUAUACUACUACUAGUAGUAUUUUAUGAAAAAUGACAUGAUUUUAUAUAAAUCAUACUCCUCCUCAGCUUUUGACCAUACCAAAUGACAUCGAAAAAUAAAUUAUAGUCAAACUAAACCAACCAGUAUGGCAAAUUGCAUAUAACCAAUCCCCUCUCACUGCUCCAUUUCGCAUCCUGUUACAUUAAAAUUUCAUUCAUCAACACAGUUCCUCCAUUGUAAACAAUGUUGUUAAGCAAAUUCCUCUUCUGUAUCUUACUUUUCUUUGUUUUAACUUUUUCAUCAGCAGAAUCUCUAGGUUUCACUUGUAAGUCUAAUACAACUUCCAAAUGUAAAUCUCUCGCUGGUUAUGUAUCACCCAACGCCACAACUCUUUCAAGCAUCGUAAGUCUGUUCGGAAUAACAGACUUCAAUUCAUUGCUCGGAGCUAACAAUUUACCAAUACGAACAAAACCAAGCAGAUCAGUGGCCGCCAAGGAGACUAUCAAAAUCCCCUUCACUUGCUCUUGCAACAACGGAACUGGGAUUUCUGAUAAGGGUCCGAUUUAUAAAGUGCAAUCAGGAGAGUCUUUGUAUCACAUCGCCACGGAUUUAUUUGGAUUCUUAGUUACAACAGACGAAAUAGCAGCAGUCAAUAAUAUUAGUAAUCCUGACUUGAUUGAUGUUGAUCAGCUUUUGCGGAUCCCACUUCCUUGCAACUGUGAUGAUGUAGAUGGAAAUCGAGUCCUUCAUUAUGCUUACAAAGUGUCUCCUAAUAAAAGUUUGGAGAUGAUUGCUAAGGAGUUUGGGGCUACAGAAGAGAGUUUAUUGAUACUCAAUAACCUUACUGAUGCUAAACAACUCGAGGCAGAAUCAAUUCUUGAUGUUCCAUUAAGAGUUUGUACUUCUAUGAUAAGGAAUACUUCGGCAGAUUAUCCUUUGCUUCUCCCGAAUGGGACUUACACUUUUACGGCUAACAAUUGUGUCAAGUGCUCUUGUGACUCCAGCGGCAAAUAUUGGGAGACAUUUCUAGAACCCAAAAAUUGGACGUUAUACUGUGAGCCAUCUCCUCCAGAGGUAAAGGUUCGUAACUGGAAAGAGUGUCCUACGACCACGUGUGUAAAAGAAAUCGAGCCAGGAAAUAAUUGGGGUGUUCAACUCGGGAUGAGCAUUUUUGAUAGUCGCUGCAGUGAUGUUGAGGGGAAGCACAACGAGUGGUCUUGUGCAUACACGGGAUAUAACAGUCGGCGUCAGACUGUGUCAGUAUACAUGGUUAACGAAACAAGGUGCAUCAGAGGACCAUCGUCCGGUUCAUCAAAGAUGAGCACGCAGUCCUCGAAUUUGGUAUCGUUCUUGAUAAACUUCGGUUUACUUCUCUGCAGUGCACUUAUAUCCAGUUAGUGCGCUAUAUUAUGGUAUCUUCCAAGCAGUUUCCAGGGUAUCUUUUUAUUUUUUUUUAAUCUCCUGUCGAGUAUCUCAUGUUUCUGCAAAAUGAUUCAAAUCUGUAAGAUUUCAUAUUCUUUGUAACUUGAGAUGAGCCACGUUUUAAAACAUAAAUCAGACCGAAUGGGAUCUUCUACUCA